AUGGCUGUGUCCUUCCUGUUUGUUACUGCAUUAAAUUCAUACUUCUUUUUAAGAGCUUGGUGAGAUAAAAAAUAUGUAAUGUGGUAAGGCUUAGCCUUGUUUCUUACUGACCCCUUCAUUUUGUUGGGCUGCAUGGAUCAGUGGGGUUUUAACUACCUCAGGGUUUAAGCUGAAGUGAAACACAGUUUUUUUUCCACAAAACGCUGGUUGCUGUAUGUGAUUACUAGCCAUAAGUUAGGGCAAAGAUUUGAAAGUGUACCGUCCAGUGCUGUUGAAUGCAAUUUUUAGCUUGCACUAUCCAGGAUUUUCAGGAGGGGAAUUUUGCAUCAUACAGAGUAUUGAAAUGCAUCCAGUUUGCCAAAGCAUAGUGGUCACUUUUGAUCACGAUGAAUUGAUAGUUGUGUGACUCAUCACAUUUUGAGUCUUCUGAGUUUGGCUACCACACUUGAAGUCUCUUUUUUGCCACAGAUAGAAAAUGCUUUGUCUGUUAGUAGAAUAUAUGACAUAUUGUAAUAGAAUCAUGAAAUUUCUGGCUCGCUAUUACUGUUCAGACUUGGUGCAUUCUUUUGUAUGUUUUGGUAACAGCUAAAUUUUUAGCAGUACAGAGUAAACACAACAAUUUUGACUUUGUUUGCUGGAUCUUGUUUUCAUUUUUAAGUUUGGUAGACAAAGAACAUCAUCGUGUUUUGUUGCUUUCUCUGUAGAGACUUCUGCCUGGGUCAUCUCCAGUGAAAUCAUAGGUAGGUAAAGGCAGUCAGAAGAGUCUAAGCUGAGUUCUGCCUUGAGUUCCCUGUGAGGUAUAGAAGUCUGGUAAAGUCUCCCUCAUAAUAAGGUUUGUUCAGACACAUUUUACACUACCAUUUGUAGUCUUCAGUGUAUUUUGCUUGUAUGUGUUGAGGGUUGUGUUUAUAUGGCUGCACACUGUAAUACUUGGGUGCAUGCAGUGGUGCUCUGUCAGCACAAGCCCAAAGGUUUAGCCCAAAGGUUUAGCACUGUAACCACACCUGCCAGUCAGCAAGGUUGGUUGACAUUUCUGCGUGAUCUCCUCCGGUGUAUUGUACAAUAGUAGUUUGAAAGUUGUGGGGGAGAGUGGGUGGUUUUUAUAAAACUUAGAUAUUCAUUGCUCUUUGCUCUCCACACUGUACACCUUCAGUGUAACUCUGGCAAUACAGAGAUGUGCCAGAAAGAAAUCAGCCUAGAACAAACAAACAAACAAGUUUCUGUUAAGGCUUACUGAUGGCAUACAGAAGCAUGUGCGCACUCUCCACCUACAGAGUCUGUUUAAACAUUUAAGUGGAACUAGUGUAAAAAGGGUCUUUCUGCUGGGGAAGCUGGUAUCUUGGGAAGAUCAUGAUUAUAAAGUGGGAUUCGUAACAUCCAUAAGUCUCUGGUAUGUCAUCCCUCCUAACCGUCAGGUUUUGUGCAGGAGUUGUCUAUCCUGCAGGAGCUGUCUAUCCUGCCUUGUGCCAGUAGAGGCCACAGUCACCACAGUUGCUGAGUAGUCACUAGCCUCAGCAUUUUUGCUUCCUCAAGACCAGCCUUUCUGGAAGAGAUGAAUUUUUGGCAGGCUGCUGUACAAGGAAUAGAUUGGUUCACACAGAGUUCUAGGGAAAGCUGAAGGGACAAAACCAAGAUGCAGAGGAGCUGAGGGAAAUUGGAAGGACUGAAAGUUAGCAAGAGGAUAGGAACAUUUUGGGGAAGGGCGAGAGAGGAAGAAAUAAGAAGUGAAACAGUAAAGACAAUGAGGAAGAACAGUGCCAGGAGGGCUGGUCCUUGAGACCGCUGCAUGAUGGGAGAAGACUGUCUGGAAAGAGCCAACCUGGGCUUGGUCUUGUCUGAAAAGACUUUUCACACAGUGCUGAUCAAGGCAUGCUUCCUCUUUCAAACUGCAGCUGGAGUCUUUAUUCAAUUAAGGCGCAGAGGAUCUGAUGCAGGAAGAGAGACGCUGAGGCAUUGAGAUGACAUGAAGACAGAACCAUUUUAGACCUGAAGAUCAGAUAGCACUUGUGGUGUCCUGUGCUGCUCCAAGCCUUUGGAUAAAACAACGACUUGUGCCAGUGAAAUAAGUCAGAUACGUUUCCUGAACUGUUGCUAGCGUAUGUCUUUUGGAAGGAAUUUGUAUGCCUCACUCUAUCAAAGGAUCCAAAUCCUGAUGUGAAAUGAGUACAGACUUCUGCAAACUCCUUUUUGACAUUUCUGAGGCUUUGAUCACAGAUGAACUGGCAGCUCUGAAGUUCCUUAGCCUGGAGCACGUCCCCAUGAGGAGGCUGGAAGCCAUCCAGGAGCCCAAGGCCUUCUUUGAAGUGCUGCAGGAGAAAGACAUGAUUGAGGCAGGGAGCCUGGCCUUCCUGAAGGAGCUGCUCUACCGGAUCAAUCGGAUCGACCUCCUGGCUGCCCACCUGGGCUCCAGCCGAGAGGAAAUGGAGAGAGAGCUUCAGAUCCCAGGCAGGGCAAAGGUGUCAGCCUACAGGCAGCUGCUAUAUGGAAUUGCAGAGGACUUGACUUCAGAAGAUGUCAAGAGUGUGAAGUUCCUGCUCCAAAAACAAAUACCAAAGAACAAGCUCCAGGAUAAUGCCUCAAUGUUGAAGGUUUUACUGGAAAUGGAAAGAAAUGGGAUCAUUAAAGAAGAUGACCUGGCAAUGCUGAAAAAUAUAUUAAAGGGAUUUAGGGCUGACAUAAAGAAAAAAAUCGAUAUCUAUGAAGAAAAAAAAAAAGAAAAUGAUUCUAAGAAAAAACUCCACUGUCUAGUGUCUGAGUCUGUGCAUUCAGCAGGACAAGGAGCAGAGGGGGUGACACCACACCUGGUUGUGGAAUCAUAUAAGAUGAAAAAUAACCCCCAUGGUUACUGUGUGAUUCUUAACAACUACAUUUUUAAAAAUCCAUAUGAAGCCAGAGAAGGAACAGUGAAAGAUGGAGAGGCUGUGAAGAGGGUCUUUAAGUGGCUUCAGUUUGAGACAGUUGAGCACAUGGAUCUAGAAGCAAAGCAAAUGCAUGCAAAAGUUAAAGAAUACAGCAAAAAAGAUCAUAGUAACAUGGACUGUUUUGUUUGCUUCAUUUUUUCCCAUGGUGAAAAAGACAAAAUAAAAGGCAUUGAUCAUGAGUUUGUAAAUAUUAAAGAUUUACUCUCCUGCUUCAGUGGAUCUAAUUGUCCUUCUCUUGCUGGCAAACCCAAGCUGUUUUUCAUCCAGGCUUGCCAAGGCUCUGUAGGUCAUCCAGCUGUCACAGUAAAAGAAGACUUUUCUGGACAUCUUGAGACAGAUGCUACCCCUCUGACUUCCAUUCCUGAUCAGGCUGAUAUCCUGGUUGGCAUGGCUACAGUGGAAGACUAUGAGUGCUACCGCUGUACAGAGAUGGGCAGUGUUUACAUUCAAUGCCUCUGUGACAAGAUGGAGUCACUUUGCCCACUCGGCAAGGAUCUCAUAACCAUCCUGACAGAAGUGAACAAGGAAGUGGGAAGAAGAGUAUUAAACGGAUGGAAGCAGAUGCCAAAGAUAACAUCAACCCUACGGAAGCAAUUGAUCUUCCAAAUUCCAUAAUGUCAGUCAAUUGAAAAGUAGGAAAAUAAGAAUACACUCAAUUAGGAAUCACAUCUGAAAUGGGCUUCCACAGGGAAGAGAUUUUGCAGGAUAAAUUAUCUGGAUCUGUGUAGUUUAGCCCCAGUUCUUCAAGGGGCCAUGGGACCUACGUUUUCUAAUUCCUAUGUUUAAUCAGUCUCCUGGCACCUGGAUCUAUAGCAGUCUGGUAAGGCCAUGUAGGAGUGCAGAUGUGGCUUUCUGUCCUGCAGAAGCACUGGAGUCUGUUCAGUCUGAGUUUCAAGUGAGGAAGCACUUCUAAGUAGUAUGAUUUUUAGGUUAUUGGAAAUGCUAAUGAAAAUUCUAUUUCUGUCCAAGUUGUUGUAAGUCCCUGAAAUCUGAAGAAAAGAACAGAUAGAUUCAGAAUGCUAGAUCCCUUCCCAGGGAGCAUGUGUAAGGUUGUAACUUAUUUACCCAGAGGUGAAUCAUUGGCUGUCUCUGGAAACUGUGUAAUUUUUCAUGGAAAAUAACAUCCCUAUCCAGAAGGACCAAAAAAAGAUGAUUAUGAUAAUACAAGCUUGGUUCUUUUCCUCCAAAUACUUGGUUUGCUUUAUGUUACUAAUUUCCUUGGCUAAACAGCACUGCUGUUUAGGUUUUUUAAUAGUAAGGGUUCUAGCUGUGUUUUUUUCUCCGAGCUCUUAGGGGACAUUGAAAACAGUCUGUUUUGAAUGAUUAUCAACUGCUGGAAGGAGGGUUUCAUGCCAUUAGAUCCACUGUUCUGAGAUGCCUUCUCCUCCUGGCAGCUGACUCUAGCUCCUGUGGACUCUUGUUUCUGUUAUAAUAAAUACUCUUUGUUUUCAUAAUCACCAUUGGUUUUGGUGUAUUCCUCUUUUGGAUGAACUGACCGAGGGACAGUUAGCAUGACAAAUGCUUUCACUUAAGCAGAAGUUAUUUUCCUCUUGUUGAAGUAUUCAGUGUCUGUCAGCCUGAGGGGUAGCAUAUUGAUAUCCCUUCAUUAGCAGCUGGAGAGAUGGUAGGAAAGAGUAAAUCUAAGUUCAGGACUUUCACAAUAAUGUUAGCUGAUGACAGUGAGGCUGUUCUUACCUUGCAUCCUCAGCAAUGUGUAGGUGGUAUGUGGGAGCUGUCUGCUAUUCUAACAGCUGCAUUCCUUUUGAGUUUAUAAUAAGAUAAAGAACAGAUUUGAGAUACUUUGUAACUUUUAUUUGU